AUGAGGAGGCUGGCUCUUCUGCUGCUGCUGCCUCUGUCUGCAGAUGGUCUCAGUCUGUAUGACCCGAGGCUGUGUUUUCUCCUGGACGGUCUCCUGGGUCUGUACGGACUCUUCAUCACCGCCAUGUUCCUCAGGGAGAAGUUUUUUGGAGUAAAAGUAAAGUCUGACAACAAACAGCACACGUCGGUGUUGGCUCAAGGCCAAGACUCUCUCUACACGGGUUUGACUCGACGAGAGGAGAGUGAGUACAGAGAGCUGCCACGACGAGAGCGGAGGAACGAGCAGCUGUAUCAGGGUUUGAGCGCUGCCACCAGAGACACAUACGACUCUCUGCAUCAGAAGCGCUGA